GGCCAGUCCAGUAUUUCCGCUGCCGCCACCAUGUCAGAAUACCGGGCCGGCUGCUGAGCUCUUCUCUGCAGCAGGACCUUACCUGUUCCUCGGUCCAGCGCUGUACAGUCUUCCCGCGCCGUCAUCUUUAGCAUGCGCAGUGGGCACCCGGCUGUCACAGCCUGUGCUGUCCCUUUAGUGUGGCCUGCAGUCUCUUGGUCAUCCCCUGCACUGUCUGCAGUCUCUUGGUCAUCCCCUGUACUGUCUGCAGUUUCUUGGUCAUCCCCUGUACUGUCUGCAGUCUCUGGUCAUCUCUACUGUCUACAGUCUCUGGUCAUCUCCUGUACUGUGUGUGCAGUCUCUGGUCAUCUCCUGUACUGUGUCAACAGUGUCUGGUCAUCUCCUGUACUGUGUCUGCAGUCUCUGGUCAUCUCCUGUACUGUGUCCGCAGUCUCUGGUCAUCUCCUGUACUGUGUCAACAGUGUCUGGUCAUCUCCUGUACUGUGUCUGCAGUCUCUGGUCAUCUCCUGUACUGUGUCCGCAGUCUCUGGUCAUCUCCUGUACUGUGUCCACAGUCUCUGGUCAUCUCCUGUACUGUGUGUGCAGUCUCUGGUCAUCUCCUGUACUGUGUCUGCAGUCUCUGGUCAUCUUCUGUACUGUGUCCGCAGUCUCUGGUCAUCUCCUGUACUGUGUCCGCAGUCUCUGGUCAUCUCCUGUACUAUGUCCGCAGUCUCUGGUCAUCUCCUGUACUAUGUCCGUAGUCUCUGGUCAUCUCCU